AUGCCCUUCGCUUCGCGUCGGGCAUCAAACUAUUCGCGGGAGGAAAUGCAAUAUUUUCCUCCCAUGAUAAACGAGAGCUACCUAAGACACACCGCCGAGCCCAACGCCCUAGCCGCCAAUAGUCGCCGCACGCCCCUGGUUACAGUGGCGGGCCUCGAGCUCGAAAUCGACGGCAACACCUUCCAGGGCGGGAAGGCCCGCCUAAAGUGCGUCGCCACUGUCUUUAAUUUGUACAAGAAAGAGCUGGAGCAGGUGCUAGAAGAGGAGAGACCCCAUCCGAGACCCUCGUCGGUCCUGGGCACGCGCGACAGCGCCUCUGGUCGUAACUACGUAAUAGAUAAAAUAAAGUUAGCGGGAAAUUAUGAUAAGGAAACAUGCAGGGAGAGAGAGAGCAGUGCUGCGCUUGAAGCGGCGAAGGAAUCUCGGCUAUGGAAAUUCCAUAUUAAACCAAAACCACGUGCUCGAGAUAUUAAAUGGAUUAGAGCGCGAGAAACCGGGGACCUGCUACAUGCCUCGAAUAAAGAAUGCCUACGGAAAUUUUAUUAUAUAGGCGCUCUUAAAAUUAAAAUUUUUAAUAUUCUUACGAGCGCGUUAAGCGAGCCCUUACCCAAGCGGCCUCAAGCCUUGAGGCUCAAGGUGCCGUGCGUUACUGAUCUUUAG